CUACACGUUUGUCCUCUCUUUGAGACAGGGUAGUACAUUUAAUAAAGCAGCUGAUCCUGGAGCACUUCUUACGGUUCUCAUUGGUGCUCCAAGUAAAGCCUACUGCAGACGGCUGCUUCAGGAGCAGGAACGAGCUGCGUGAGCUGUCCCGGCGACCGAGCAUGGCAGAGUCUGGAACCUCAGUGACCAGAGGGCUCGAUGUGAACCCUCAUUUUCGGACAGUCUUUGAGCCUUCAAUUUCAGACAAUAAAAGUCAAUCAGAAACUGAACCAGCAGAGAAUAGCUACGUUAUUCCGAUCCACCUCCGCCCGGACCUGCUUCUUACCUGCGCUGACCUAGUAAACUCCGAGUGGCAGAGGAGCCAGACUGCCCGCGUUCACUCCCUGCAGAAAUCCUGCCCGGAUUUCCCCAUCUGCCUAGUUCUCCUGCAGGGUCCCAGAGACACUGAGAAGCUGCUUGGUCAUGCCCGUCUCUCAAGAGUCAUAGGCCAUAGCCACAGCCUGUUUGUGGAGUCGGUGGUCGUAUCGAAGGCGGAGAGAGGGAAAGGCUACGGGCGAACUCUGAUGGAGAAGACUGAGUGCUACGCCAAACGACGAGGGUUCAUGCGAUUGUGCUUGACCACCCACAAUAAGCAGCACUUCUAUGCCCACCUUGGCUACAAGCUAUCAACGCCGGUGCAAAACUCUGGAGCAUUGGCCUCGUUUGUUCCUAAGGAGAGUCUACUCAGGUUUUCCAGGAUCCCUUAUGAAGAAGUUAACAUAAAAAUACAGAAACUAGAAAAAGACAGCCCGGUUGGGAAUAUAAGACCUCCUCCACCUUCUUCCAUACUUCCACCACCUGCAACCUCCUCCAUACCUCCACCGCCUCCUCCGCCUCCUCCUAUCCCACCUCCAGCUGAAAGAGCACCUGUGAUUCAGAGUCUUACAGAAACCACCUACAGAGAUGCCAAGGGAGCAUCCAUUUUUUGGAUGCACAAAGAUCUCUGAAGGACACCUCUGGGGUUAAACAGUCGAAAAAAGAAACAAAUGGAGGAAGGUUCGGGAGAAAAUUCUGGCAUCAAUUUGUUACAUCAUGUACUGUCCUAAACAACUCAACAUCCAACAGAUGGACUAUGUUCUUCCAUUUUUUUUUCAGCACUGAAAAGCAGUGAGAUACGGUUUUAUGUGAACCGCAAACAAAUGAAAUGAAUUAAAAUUCAA